AUGUUUCGUGCAGCACUGCGCCCGCGGCGCGUUGCCUUAGCUGCAGCCACUGGUAUUGCUAUCUCCACGCCUUCGUCGCAGGAGCCAGAAAAGCUGCCCAUUUAUCCUUUGAGAACGCCCGACGUCCUACUUGUCGAAGAAUCAACACCCUUGGAGAAGCACAUCGGGAUAGCUCGGAGGGCGGUCACGCAGACAUAUCAUGACGCCUACUCCCAGGUGCAGGGCUUUGUAUCGAAGUGGAUUGGGGUCGAACACGCCGUCGAGCACCGCGUAAAAUCAAUAAUCGCACCGGACGAGCCACUAACCCCCGCCCUACUUUACGUCGGCAUCUCCACCCUCACGGGCUCCAUCCUCGCACGCAACCGCGGGCUCCCGACCCGCAUCCUCCUCCCGCCGGUCUUCCUUCUCGCCUCCCUCAACCACUUCCUCCCGAAAACAUCCGCAAACCUCUCGGCGUACUUCUCCGCACUAGAGGAGACGUAUUUCCCGACGCUGGCAGAGAAGCAUGCGAUUGCGAACGCGCACUCGCGGAUGACGUGGGAACGGGUGAAGGAGGGGACGCAGAGCGGGAGGGAGGGCGUGAUCAAAGGUGUGGAAGGGGCGGUGGAGUGGGUGCAAGGCGCGACGGGGUUGAAGGUGAAGGAGACGCUGGGCUGGGGGGAGACGCAGGCGAAGAAGGGUGAGUCGGUGGUGAGUGAGGCGAUCCAUACGGCCAACAAGAAAGUAGAGGAGGUGAAGGAGGCGGCGAACAGAAAACUUGAGUAG